AUGGCGCUAAAAGACAAGGUUGUGCUGAAAAUGGGCGACACGAUCGUGGACGUGCUGAUGGGCCCCGUGUACGUCGAGAGCGUCGUCCGCCACUACCCGAACCACGCGGUCUUUUCGCCCGCCGACGCCAGUAGCGCCUCGCUUUUCGCGAAGCGCGAGGGGCCGCUGCCGCCCGGGCGGGUUCUGAAGCCGGGACGUUGUUACCACCUCGUGCGGAAGGCGCAAGGGAAGGGCGGAGUGACGGGCGGAGCGGAGUGCGCGCACGUGGACGAAGGCGGGACGGCGGGGCGGAAGCCUCCGCGGGAUUUGCGCAAGACGCCUUCCGCCAACGGCAGGAACGAGCGCAAUUUAUCUCCGCCCUCCGCGCAUCCGCACUCCGCGGUUCCUCCACUGGUGCACGUGCCCGCGCGGUCCCCGCCCCGCGUCACUAUUUUCGUGAGGCCCCGCCAUCGCGUCAAUCACAGCACCAGCGCGCUCCCCGACGUUUCCCCCGACGCCUCUCCGCCACACGCGCGCAUCUCCGCCGCCGCCGCUCCAGCGCCGUUCGCCACAGGUGCGCACUCCCCUGCUCACGCGGAUGGCGGGGCGAGCAGGCGGCGCGCGGGAGAGACGGGCGGGAUGGCGCCGAACGGGAAGACGGGGCAGAGCCACGCGAGGGAGGCGCUGCGCGCGGGGCUGGCGGCUUCCCCCGCGCGGGUGAUGGUGCCCGCGCUGCGGCGGUCCAGGCGCGGCAUGCACCGCCCGUGCAAAUCGCUGAGCGGAAGUCCGGAGGAGAUAGGGGGACUCGCGGAAGAGGCGUGGGGGGGAGACGAGGACGGGGGGAAGGCGGGGGACGGGCGAUGGCGCAGCGCGCAUGUGACUCCGCUGGGGAGCGCCCACGCAACGCCGCAUGUCAGCCCGUAUGGCAGCGCGCACGUGAGUCCGUUGCGCGGGGCGCUGCCCAUUUCAUACAGCAAGGCGCCCGCGCCGCUCUGCGAAAGCGCGCUGAGGCCCAGGACCCCCGGCGGGGAGUGGGGCAGGGAGAAGGGCGCGGCGGCGCAGGCAGGCGCCUGGGCAGGGGCGGGGGCGGGGGCGGGGGCGGGGAGCAGCCCGCUGACGCGCAGCCACGGGCGCAGGCACUCGAGUGGGGGGGGUGUUGGGGGAGUGGCCGCGCUGGACGCGGUAGAGGCGCUCAUUGGCGCACAGAGGGUGCUGGGCAUGGCGGAGGCGGACAGGGGGAGGGGCAACGGGGAGGAGGGAGGGGGAGAGAUGCGGGGUGAGGGGAAGGGCGAGCAGGGGUGGGCGGAAGCACUGGUGGAGAGGAUGAGGCAGCUGAGUCCGUUGAGCGGGCGGAGUCCUUUAUGGGGAAGGAGUCCAAAGGGAGGCCGAAGCCCCACGUCCCAGCGAGUGCAUGCAGCAGACAGCAGCAAUAGCAUGGGCAGCAGUGGCAAUAUGGGUGGCAUGAGUGGCGUGGGCAGUAUGGGAGGCAUGGGUGUGGGGGCGGAGGGGCAGCGCAGCCCUGACCUGGCACGGCCGCCCUCGGCUGUGCCCAGGAGAAGCAGCUUCAGCCCGCCCCGCAUGGCGCCUGGCAGCAGUUUCAGCCCGCCCUGCAUGGCGUUUGACCAGGGGGAGCAUGCCUGGCAGCAGCACCCUGAGCCCCGCCCCCCCAUGCUGCACCCCCCCACGCCCGUGCUCUUUCUCACCAGGCCCGCCCACUCUUCUUCCCCUCCGCCUUCCCAGCGCUGCACCGCCUCCGCUACCCCCUCGCAGCACUCUCCCCCCCACGCUGCCGCCCCCUCUCACUCCUCCGCCCCUCACGGUGAUGCGCAUGGGUGUCACCACGGAGCCUCGAUGAGCCCUUGCCCUGUGAGCCCUCGAACGGUUAACGAUGAGGAAGGAAGGGGUGCUACCGCGGGGCAAUACCGCUCUCCUCCUCACGGUGACGCGCACGGGCGGUACCACGGGGCCUCGAUGAGCCCUUGCUCUGUGAGCCCUCGUUCUGUGAGCCCUCGCCCUGUGAGUGAUGAGGAAGGAAGGGGAGAGAUGGACACAGAGAUGUGGUGUGAUGGUGAUGGGAGGGAGUGGGUGCGGCAUGGGGAGCAGGGGCAGCAGGGGCAGCAGCAGGGGCAACAAGAGCAGCAGCGAAAACAGCUGCAGGGGCAGCAGCAGGGGCAACAAGAGCAGCAGCGAAAACAGCUGCAGGUGCAGCAGGGGCAGCACAGGGGCAGGGAAGAGGCACGCAGUGAGGUGAAGUGCAAGGCACGUGACAAGGGCAAUGAGGGCGACAAGUUGAAGCAGGGCAGUGGCAGUGAGGGCAGAGGGCGAGAGCGCAGCCCGCUGAGGCGGCUGCUGCAUGCCAUCUCCCUGGACAGCAAGGGCAGUGAGGCCGACAAUCCCAAGGAGGACGGCAGUGGCCAUGGCCAGGAGGGCAGAGGCCAGGACCGCAGCCCAUUGAGGCGCCUGCUGCACGCCAUUUCCCUGGACGCCCCCUCCCGCCCUGGCAGGCCCAGGCGAGCCGUGGACGACAGUAUGGUGGGCAGCAGCAGCGGCAAGGCUGUGCAUGGCACGCCGGGUGGAGCAGCAGCGGAGGACGUAGAGUGGCAGGCGGCGGUGGCGGCGUUCAGGCGGAGAGUGGAGGUGCUGAACGGGGAGUGCCUCUUCAACUGGUCCACGGUGACAGCGGGCAAGGAGGAGCGGCGCGCUGUGAUGUGGAGGCCCGACCUGCCUGACGUGCAGGAGGCGAGUGAUGCCGGGUCGUUUGCGGCGCCGAUUACCCGGCACAAGCGCACGCUCUCGGCUCACAUCACCAGCUGGCUGAGCUAG